AUAGUGUGCCCUUGGUGUACCGCGCUAGUGCCUGGCAAUAACAUCACUUGACAACCCCAUCGUGGCCCGUUUCCAGGGUAAUGCCAUCGCCGGCUGGCCGCGCUGAAGCGUCUCCGAAGCCCAGCGCCUCAACCCCUGACGACGACCCCCCCUCGAAAUUCCCUAGAGCUGUCGCGGAGCCGCUGCGGCCAAUCAGCCGCCAGCCAUCGCCGUCGACCCCACCUGCCGCCCGGCCUGCCCCUCCAUUAUGGCAGUGCCACUAUCACCACUUGACCGACAUGUUUUCUUCUCCUUUCGAAAUCCCCAUCAGCAGCUCCGUGUAGGAUAGCAUCUUUUCCCUCUCCGUUCCGUUUCUUUGCUUUCUCGUUGGCCGUUUCCGCCCAGGCUUCGCAUUCCCAAGAUGGCUUCCCACCACGACGAUGAUACCAUGCCCGAGCAGACGGAGGGCUACAAGCUCUCCCAGCCCAAGCAGAGCUUAGCUGAGUACCACCAGAUGGAUGCGGGAGACGAGUCCCUCCAGCGAUACAAGCAGUCACUUGGCCUCGGUGGCGGCACCGACCUCUCCGACCCCAACGACCCCCGAGUCUGCAUCAUCCUCUCCCUGACCAUGAACUCUCCCGGCCGCGACCCCGUCACCAUCAACCUGUCCGCUCCCGGCAGCGAGAAGACACUCAAGGACAAGCCCUUCCAGAUCAAGGAGGGCGCCAAGUUCACCAUGAGCGCCGAGUUCAAGGUCCAGCACGAGAUUCUCAGCGGUCUGCACUACGUCCAGGUCGUCAAGCGAAAGGGCAUCAAGGUUUCCAAGGAUUCGGAGAUGAUUGGAAGCUAUGCCCCCAAUACCGACAAGCAGACCACCUAUGUCAAGAAGUUCCAAGAGGAGGAGGCUCCUUCCGGAAUGCUCGCCCGUGGCCACUACAACGCCGUCUCCAGCUUCGUUGACGACGAUAAGAAGAAGCACCUCGAGUUUGAGUGGAGUUUCGAUAUCAGCAAGGACUGGUAAAUUUUCUUGUUUAUCAGCAUUUCGAAAGCGUUUGAAAAUGGGCAUUUGUUGUUG